AUGAAAGGCCGGGCGAAAUAUAAGGCUGCGGAAAAUGCCAUCAUUUGGAAAAUUCGACGCAUAUCGGGUAUGAAGGACUGCAAACUCUCCGCGCAAAUAGAGCUGUUACAAGCUUCGGAGAAACAAAAGCGGUGGACUCGCCCUCCGAUAUCAAUGAACUUCGAGGUUCCAUUUGCUCCCUCGGGAUUCAAAGUGCGAUUCCUGAAAGUGUUUGAGUCGAAGCUGAAUUACUCCGAUCAUGAUGUGAUCAAGUGGGUGCGUUACAUCGGCAAAAGUGGGCUAUACGAAACUCGCUGCUAGCCGUCCAUUCAUUACAUUCGUACGGAACUCUCAAUCACCAAACCCCAUUCCAAGUUAUUGUCAUCCAUUUCGUUUUCCGGAGAAGC